AUGCUGAGAAUCUUCGCGGCUCAAGCGAAUGGUCUGCUGCAGGAUCCUGCGGGCACUGGCGCGCUGAACCUCAUCGAGUACUUCCAGAUCCCCUUUCCCAGGGUGGGCAGAAAAACUGUGAUUAACUCUUUGAGCAAGUCGUUCCAGAGACAGCCGGCGUCCUUCUCUUUGAACCUGAUAGGCGAGGGCGAGGACAAGGUCAAGGAGCAGCAGAAGUACAUGAGCUACGAGUUCGAGCUGAGACGCUGCGAGGGCAAGCAGACCUACGGCUCCAACGGCAAGAUUUGCACAAGGGGUGACACGGGCGAGAUCCUGCCGACCCAGAAGUUCCGCCACUUGACAAUCCAGACGGUAACCCCAGAGCCAGGCAUGCAGGACCGCGAUGCCUUCGCAGAGGUCCUUUGGAUCGUGGACAUCUCAGCGCCCGCGCAGAACUGGGAGAAUCUUACAAAGGACGUGAAGGUCAUGACCGAGACGUUCGCUGUUGGAACGGCGGAUCAGCUGGCAAAGGUCCGCAACGGCACGAACGCCGGUGACAAGAAGGCGCAGGCUUUGGCGAGCUACCUCGCGGUGCACGUGAAGGUACUCCAGGAAGAUCGGAAGGCUAUCGAGACGCUCCCCAAGUCUCUCAGGGAGGUUGCCGCGUUGUACAAAGAGGUGGGCGACACGCGGGAAGCGGAAGAUGUGAUGAAGGACAUUUUGGAGUUCCAUCUGGCCAAUGGCCAGCGGGAAGAGGCCGCAAAGGUGGAGCAGGAAAUCCGGGAGCAGGUCAAGGGGAACAAGAAGGAGGAGCCGCCAUGCCUCCUCCGUUUAGCCGCAGUCUUCUACGCCAUGGGCGCGAUGGAGGGCGCCCGGACGCUUGUGGAAGAGGCCGUCGCAGGAUUUACGGCGAGCGGAGACAAGGCUGGCACCGUGACUGCCCUUCGCUCCAUGGCGAUGUUGUACCUCUCGCAGCAGAAGUUUGACGAAGCUCUUCAGGCUCUGGAAAAGGCCGUCCAAGGGACCGGGACUGAGAAGGCCAAUGCGGAGUAUGGCAUCUCGCAGGUCUACGCCGCCAUGGGCGGCAAAGGCGUGAACAGCGCCGUGGACGCCCUGAAGAAAGCUCGUGCCUUCAUGAAGGAGGACGGAAACAAGGAUGGGGAGCUGGAAGUGCUCCAGAUCAUGUCCGAGCUCCUUCUGAGCAAGCAGCAGGGAUCGGAGGCGCUGGCUACUGGACAGGAAGCAUUGGCCGUGGUGCAGGCUACCGGCGAUCAGUCCAAGGAGGCUGCAGCUCUCCUUCGCCUUGUUGGGGCCUGCCUCUCCGCGCAGAACGAUGGCGAUGCGCUGAAGUACGCCGAGCAGGCUGAAGAAAAGGCCCGCGCUGCGGAUGACAUCGAGAAGGAGGCCCAGGCGAGCUACAACAUCGCGGAGAUCAUGCUUCGCAGGGGUGACAAGACUGGAUCCAUCAAGCGCUCCAAGGAGCAGCUUCAGAGAUGCCGCGAGAAGCAGCAUCCUGCCGGACAAGCCUCCGCCAUGGUCGUGCUGGGACAGGCACUGCUGGCCGAGAAUCCCAUGAGUGCCGAGGGCAUGCGCUACCUGCAGGCUGCACUGGGGCUGUACAAGGACUCCGACGACUUCGUCGGACUCCAGUGGGGGCUGCAGCUCACCGCAUGCCCCUUGAAUUUGCCUACAUACGCUGCCGACAUUUUCCUCUGCCACGGUCUGUCCUUUGUGGAAAUGUUGAACUCACCAGUCUCGUAA